AUGCACCUGACGAACGCGCUGGUUUCCCUGUUCUCUUUCUGGGAGCGCGGGCCCCCGAAGGCGAGGGCGAGCUACCCCGACCUCCAGUGGUCUCCUGCACGGAGGGUGGCGGUGGGGAACCUCUAUCAGGACCUGUUCGAGUUCUGCCGCGCGGCUGGGCGUGAUGCUCAGCCGACGCGAGGGCUUGCGAGGCUGCAGAAGUUGGCCUCUGAAUUGUUUGCCCUUCCAGGGAGUUCUUACGACAGGCGUCUUCGCCCUGAAGGAGACCCUGGGUGGGGCAUGCACGUGGGGCAGCUGUCGGCAGACACGCUGGCGCGGGCGUUGGAGGUGAAGCCCGAGCGCGUGAAGUUGAAGACGCCUGGUCCGGGCUGCGAUCCUGCCGACCACCUCGCGGGCUGGCGGCUCGAGGAGUACGUCGGCUACCUGGGCCGCUGCUUGGCUCCGGGCGAUUGGCCUGCCAGCCUUCCGAGGAGAUGUCACAGCAUCUCGAAGGGCAACGAGCGGAUCUUGGCCCAGGACUUGCUGGACCGCGGGAUGGCAAUCCUGGCCCCAGCCUCGGAGGUGCCCCGCGACAAGAACGGAUGCGUGCUAGCGUCUGGCUGGUUCGCGGUGGAGCACAGCGAGCAGUGGGGCCGUCUGAUCCAAGACAGGCGCCCUCAGAACGCGACCGAGGAGCGGAUGGCCUGGCUGCAGUUGCCGUCGGGCGAGCAGCUCAAGUUGCUGAGGCUGAAGGGGCCGACCGAGCACGUGAGGGGCACCGUCUACGACCUCAAGACCUACUUUUACCAGGUGAAUAGGCCGACGGGAACGGAGCCCCGGAAUGUGGUUGGUCGGCCGUGGCAGGGCCGCUUGCUGGGCUCGUAUGCGACAGAGCCGAACACCUACUACUACCUGGCGUUGACUGCGUGGGGCAUGGGCGACGCCAACUCGUGCGACGUCUGCCAAGAGACGAAUGUGAGCAUUCUGAAGAAGCAGGGCUGUAUGACUCCAGCCGAGUCGUUGAACGCUCAGCUGACCGCGCCGAUCGGGAAGACCUGGGAGGGGAACUACCUCGACGACCACUUGACGGUGCAGGUGUUCUCGGAGGGCGAUGACAGGAGCAAGCUGCGAGACGUGGAGAUCAACGAGCGGGCGAAGCAGGCGUGGGAGUCUGCAGGGCUGCCGCGCUCGGUGGAGAAGGACUUUGUCGAGCAGCCUACCUUCACCGCCUGGGGCACGGAGGUGCGCGACGACCCAGGCGAGGUCGGCAGCCCGCGGCUCAAGAGGCUCGACUGGAACGAGAUAGACCAGGUCCCCAUGCCGACUAGGAUGUGCAGGCCCGUCAACGAUUUGAAUGAGGCUUUCGCGAGCUUCGAUUGGAAGGUCCAGCGGGGUGGUAGGUUCAGCAAGCACAGCCACAUCAACCUACAGGAGAUGAGGGCCCUAAAAGGGGAGAUCAGGCGGAGGGGCUUCGACAACAUCCAGAUGGCCCUGCGCGGGGACGUCUUGGGCAGCUCUGGGGUGACCGCGGCGUCUAGGGCUAGAGACCUCGAGGCCGAGUUCAGUCAUGUGGCCGAGGGGCGCUCUGGGUCAGCUCAUGUGUCUAGAGAAGUCUGGAUCGGGGCCCACUUCAAUCCCGCCGACGCACCGUCUCGAUUCCGCCCGCUGCUUGAGGCGGGGCCCCCGCCGGAGUGGAUCGUGGCGAGCCAGCGGGAGGCGGGCGCCGCAGCAAGGGCAGCGGCAGCUCGCCACCCGCUGCCUGUGCCGGGCUCGCCGGGCCUGGGACCCGCGCCCGCCGCGGCGCAGGCGCCUGCCGCUGCGCCGCCGGCCGCCGAGGAGGCGCUCUCGAGUUCGGCGCCCUGUUGCGAUUGGCAGCCGAGAGGAGAGCCCUCCCGUCUGCAGUGGUCCGUGCCGCGAGGGCUCGCGCGCCUCUGGCCGAAGCAGGAGUACUUUGCGGGCUGCGGCGCGGUGCCCCGCGCUUGGGCCGCACGAGGGGCCCGCGUGGAGGCCGCUAUCGACGCCUUCCCGCCCUCGGGCUACCGCCCUGCGCAGGACCUCCUGCAGGCCGCCAAUGUGCGCCGCGAGCUGGAGCGGAUCCGGGACCGCGCAGUGCGGGCGGGCGCGCGGGCGACUUCCUGCACUUCGCUCGGGCUGCUGUGCCAGAACUGCGGGCCAGGGACUCGGAGCGCCGCGCGGCCGCAGGGUGGCGGCUCCCGCCAGGCAGAGCGGGACGGUCACGGCCUCGCGGUCACGACAGCGGCGGCCUGCCAGGCGCUGGGAGAGGAAGGGGGCCUCUGGGUGGUCGAGAACCCCAGGCGCUCCUGGCUCUUCCGCCAGCCGAGGCUGCAGCGGCUGCUGGGGCGAGAGGGGGUCUUCCUCGUCGAGUGCGACAUGUGCCAGUUUGGGCUGGGGCCGCCGGACGACGCCGGGGCCCGCUACAAGAAGAGCACCUACCUGCUGGGGAACUUCGAGGAGCUCAAGCUGCUGCGCAGGCGCUGCCAAGGACGGCGCAGGCACGUGCACCUGGAGGGCGGCGUCAAGGUGGGCGGACGCUGGCAGAAGCGAGCGGCGCUGGCGGCAGCCUACACCGGCGAGUUCGCUGACGCGCUGGUUGCAGCACUGGGGAAGGCGGAGCGAAGGGACCUGCAGACGUCGCUGCGCGGGAACGCGCACGCUGCGCGCCUGGUGAAGGCGGCGGAGAUGCUGUCGGCUUUCGGCAAAGUGCAGAGGUGGGGCAAGCUGGAGCACUGGCUCCCCACGGCAACGCGCAGCCAGAUCUUGAACCGCCUGAUUGAGUUUGUCCAGUAUUUGUUCAAUGAGAAGAGAUCGAUUGCGGAGGCCAGGUGCGCAAUCCUGGUGGUGCAGCAGCGCCGCCCAGAGCUCAGGGGUCAGCUUGGAGGCGCUUGGGAUUCAGUUCGUUCUUGGGCCUUCGGCGAGGACUCUCAGACCAGGACCCCGAUCCCUCGAGAGAUCCAGCGGGCGCUCAGGCGGUGGGCGCUAGCGAGAGCGCUGCUGCUAACACGGAGGCCCUGCUUGACCUUCCUAGAGUACAGCAUCUUUGUUCGUGUCGCGAUGGAUGGGCUGCUGCGACCGGGCGAGGGUGCGAAGCUCAAAGAUGGGCGUCAGCGAGAUCGCUUGCACACUACAUUCAAGAAGCCAAUGCUGCCGCAGCCUUAUUCGAUCUCGAACCUGAGGUUGCCAACGCGCUGGACCGCGUCCGGGCGGAGUUCCGCUGCCUGGAUGUCGGCCCUCCCUGCCACUAAGCCCUCGGCGGCCCGCCUCAGGCUUUCGGCGUCUAGCCUGCUGGAGGCGGCCAGCCGUGUAGAGGUGACGGCGGGCAAGACAGCGUUCGGGGAGCAGGUCGGCACCGUCUUUGACGAGAAGCACGACUAUGAGCUCGGGACUAUCCUGCCUGAGGUCGUCUGCGCUGGGCCGCUGAAGGACGGCGACGAGGCCGGCGGCCCCAAGGAUGCGCUGGUCGCGGUCAGCCUCCAGACUCCGGCUCGGUCGACGUCAGCAAACAAGAGUUGCCCGCCUUCGCGCUGGGCGCUCGUGCUUGCCUGGCCGGCCUCGGCAGGAACCUGGUGGUCUCUUCUGCGCCUGCUGUGGCUGGAUGACUUCGUCCAGAGCAUCUUUGACGGGCGGUACUUCAAGUCUUUGGGUGUGCCGAUUGUCUUGGUGCUGUGUGGCCUGCUGGCGCAUCGUCCAGACAUCGUCUUGGAUGCUGUGGCGAGUUGCGUCCUCGGGCGGAUGGAACAUCUGGCCGACCGGUCCUUUGCGAGUGUCUAUCGUCUCAGUCGACGAGGAGCGAGUGCGGUAUCCUCGGCGGCCACCAAGACUCAGGAUAUGGCAGAGAUGGUGGUCACAGUGUUUGAGAAUGCCUCUGUAAUGUGGGAUAACUUGUCCGCCGUUGUGCCCGUCGUAGAGAGUGCUGCAGCCUUGGUCGAUGAGAUGAUCGAGAACACAGCGGCCCGGACUGCGGAGCUCGUGGAUCAGGUCCCUGAGCAGAUGCAGGCAGAGGCCGUGCAUCUGGCGGAGUCGAUCGCGUCGACCGUGCGGUCGGACGGUGGUCCUCCGCUGCUGCAGCAGCCGAAGUCGAGAGGCUGGGCCAAGUACGUGAUCGCCAUGUUUGUCGGCGGCUGGGUCCAGAGAUAUCGGCGAGGCUAG